AAACACACUCACACACAACGCAUCCUGCUCGCGCUCAGGACAGGACGGUCUGCUCCUCGGUGAAGGUUUACCGGAGAGGAAACCGCAGAAAAGUAUCCAGACGACAAACAGUGGACGUGGAGCCGGAUCUGUGAGGAAUCCAGCCUCACCGGUUCAUCCACACAGGAGGGGACGCUUCUGAGAAGCCUGGAGGGUUUCCUUGUCCAGGACACUUCUGCUGCAUUCUUCUUCAAGGAAGGGAGGGGGGUGAGGAGCUGUGGCUGAUCUGCAGCCAUGCAUCGCUUAAGGACUACAGUUUCAAGGCUUCGGCCUUUAACGGCUGCACAGACAGCACAGAGCCUCUCACAACCUAGGACAUUGGGGGUCGAAGGGGGCUUAAGGACGUUUCAGCCCGCAAGGCGCCAGACCACAUCUGUGGUGGCUGAGCCUUUUCUUAAUGGCACCAGCUCAAACUAUGUAGAGGAGAUGUACUAUGCAUGGUUGGAGAAUCCCAGGAAUGUGCACAAGUCGUGGGAUAUAUUUUUCCGUAACGCUAACGCCGGGGCUCCACCUGGUGCAGCUUACCAGAGCCCUCCACCUCUUAAUGGGACCACUCAGGGACUGGCCAGUGUCCAGGCACUGGUGGGGUCUCAGCCCAAUGUGGGGAAGCUGGUGGAGGAUCAUCUUGCAGUCCAGACACUGAUACGAGCAUACCAGGUACGAGGGCAUCACAUAGCGAAGUUGGACCCCCUGGACAUCAGCUGUGUAGACUUUGAUGAUGCACCGUGCACCGUUGGUUUCCAGAAUGUCGGUUUAUACGGGCUGGCUGAAUCAGACCUAGACAAAGUGUUCAGGCUUCCCACCACCACUUUUAUCGGCGGGAACGAGAGUGCUUUGCCUCUCAGGGAGAUCAUACGACGCCUUGAGGCAUCGUACUGUCAGCACAUCGGAGUGGAGUUCAUGUUCAUUAAUGACGUGGAGCAGUGCCAGUGGAUCAGACAGAAGUUUGAGACGCCUGGAGUCAUGCAGUUCAGUCUGGAGGAGAAGAAGACUCUGCUGGCCAGAAUGAUCCGAUCCACCAGGUUUGAAGAGUUUCUGCAGAGGAAGUGGUCAUCGGAGAAACGUUUCGGUCUGGAGGGAUGCGAGUCGCUGAUCCCGGCACUCAAAACCAUCAUCGACAAAUCCAGCCAAAGCGGAGUGGAGAGCGUUAUCAUGGGAAUGCCUCACAGAGGGAGGCUCAAUGUGCUCGCAAAUGUGAUCCGGAAAGAUCUGGACCAGAUCUUCUGCCAGUUCGACUCUAAACUAGAAGCUGCAGAUGAGGGUUCUGGUGAUGUGAAAUAUCACUUGGGGAUGUAUCACAAGAGGAUGAACCGGGUCAGCAACAGGGAGAUCUCGAUGUCGCUCAUGGCGAACCCGUCCCACCUGGAAGCCGUGGACCCAGUGGUGCAGGGGAAGACCAAAGCUGAGCAGUUCUACUGCGGAGACAACGAGGGCAAGAGGGUGAUGUCUGUCCUGAUUCACGGCGAUGCUGCGUUUGCUGGUCAGGGUAUCGUGUACGAGACGUUCCACCUGUCCGACCUGCCGUCCUACACCACCUACGGCACCAUACAUGUGGUGGUCAACAACCAGAUCGGCUUCACCACUGAUCCCAGGAUGGCGCGUUCGUCUCCGUAUCCAACAGACGUAGCUCGGGUGGUCAACGCUCCCAUCUUUCACGUCAAUGCCGAUGACCCGGAGGCUGUGAUGUACGUGUGUAACGUAGCAGCCGAAUGGAGGAACACCUUCCAUAAAGACGUGGUUGUAGAUCUGGUGUGUUACAGGCGAAACGGCCACAACGAGAUGGACGAGCCCAUGUUCACACAGCCGCUGAUGUACAAGCAGAUCAAGAAGCAGAAAGGCGUCCUGCAGAAGUUUGCAGAAAAAGUCAUCGCAGAGGGAGUCGUCACAGUUCAGGACUACGAGGAGGAAGUCGCAAGGUACGAUAAAAUCUGUGAGGAAGCUUACACUCGCUCCAAAGAUGAGAAGAUCCUUCACAUCAAACACUGGCUGGACUCACCUUGGCCUGAUUUCUUCACACUGGAGGGUCAGCCCAAAAGCAUGAGCUGCCCGUCUACCGGCAUCAGUGAAGAAGAGCUCGGCCAUAUUGGAAAAAUUGCUUCCUCUGUGCCGGUGGAAGACUUCACCAUACAUGGAGGUUUAAGUCGCAUCUUAAAGGGCCGUGCGAACAUGGUGAGCCAGCGAGUGUGUGACUGGGCUCUCGGGGAAUAUAUGGCCUUUGGCUCUCUGCUCAAAGAAGGGAUCCAUGUACGACUCAGUGGACAAGAUGUGGAGAGGGGAACCUUCAGCCAUCGACAUCAUGUUCUCCAUGACCAGAACGUUGAUAAGAGGAUCUGCAUCCCGAUGAACCACAUCUCCCUAAAUCAGGCUCUGUACACCGUCUGCAACAGCUCUCUGUCUGAGUAUGGAGUACUAGGUUUUGAGUUAGGCUUUGCCAUGGCCAGUCCCAACGCUCUGAUUCUGUGGGAAGCCCAGUUUGGAGACUUUAACAACACGGCUCAGUGCAUCAUCGACCAGUUCAUCAGCUCAGGCCAGGCCAAGUGGGUCCGACAGAACGGGAUCGUGAUGCUGCUUCCUCACGGCAUGGAGGGAAUGGGUCCAGAGCACUCGUCUGCCCGCCCUGAAAGGUUCCUACAGAUGUGCAACGACGACCCUGAUGUUUUCCCUAAAAUGUCAGAGGACUUUGCAAUGCGUCAGCUGUACGACUGUAACUGGAUCGUCGUCAACUGCUCGACUCCUGCAAACUACUACCACGUUCUCCGCAGACAGAUCCAGCAGCCCUUCAGGAAGCCACUGAUAGUUUUUACUCCCAAGUCGCUGUUGCGCCACCCUGAGGCCAAGUCCAGCUUUGAUGAAAUGCUGCCAGGAACCCACUUCAAGCGUAUGAUCCCAGAUGACGGUCCUCCAGCCGUCAACCCAGAGAAGGUGAAGAGAAUUGUUUUCUGCUCCGGCAAAAUCUACUACGAGCUUACCCGCGAACGCAAGAACAGAGGCAUGGACGAUACCGUAGCUGUGGUCCGCAUCGAACAGUUGUCACCGUUCCCCUUUGACCUGGUGAAAGCAGAGACGGAGCGUUAUUCGAAUGCUGAUCUGGUGUGGUGUCAGGAAGAACACAAGAACCAGGGCUACUACGACUACGUCAAGCCUCGCAUCCGCACCACCAUCAACCACUCCCAGCCAGUUUGGUAUGCUGGCCGUGAGCCUGCCUCAGCUCCAGCCACUGGGAACAAACAAACUCACCUCAUGGAGCUGCAGCGUUUACUGGACAAUGCAUUCGGUCUGGACGCAUUCUCAGGAAAACUGUAACAAGUCUUCUGCUCCUCCAUCCUCUUAUCCACACACACAGCGAGACUUCAGUGGAGCAAACAGGCUUCCCCCCCGUUUGCCUACAACCUUUUUGCAUUGACGUGUUUUUCCUCAAUAUUCACAUAUCAGGCCUGUUAACAGGUGAAGUUUUCAAACAAUGCGCGCAAUGACUUCCAACUCUGUUAGCAUGUAGACCUCAAGUUCAAUAUUCUGGGCACAGAUACAAAUAAAAUGUGUAUGAAAAAAUGCAUUGAAUGUAUGAAUUUAUAUGAUAAGUAAUUUGUAAUACAAAGAGUUUUAGCCUUUAGGUUUAAUUUGCUUUUAGACAGUAACUUGCUCUUCUCUGAAAAUCCAGAUUACUAAUAAAAUACUGUAUGCAAUCACUUGAUAAUUACAAAAAAACCCACCUACAAGCACCUCUGAAGUUCACUAAUUAGCAUGUUAGUUUAUGUUGCGUUCAUGACGUUCUGUCAGAUGAACCUUAUCGACUGGAGGACGUUCAUCUGACAACUCAGGAUGAUAACUGAGUAGGUCGUAUGAGGGUUUAAAAUACUGUGGAUUGAGAAAAAUUAUAUCAUAAGCAUUGAAGCUGGAGUGCAGGACAUUGUUCUCCCCCUUGUGGGAGUGAGAGUAAUUACAAAAACAGUCAGUCCAAUGUCAUUUGGAAAGUCUAGAAGAGAUUAAAUUAUUUUAUCCUCAUUCAAAGCCAACUGGAAAUUAGUGCUCUGUAUGCAUUAACCUGUCCAGAUGUUAAACCAGACACCAGAUUACAAUCUAUUUACUGUGAAAGGUUUAUCUGGCAGUCGUAGGCUUAAUCAGCAUUGUGUGAAUUCGUGUGGCAAUGACGUUUCACUCUGCAGGUUUAAACUUUAAAUUUAAUUACACUGAAUGAUGGGCAACGUCCAAGAAGAGGAAUCCUGCCUCUGUUGCUCUUCCUGAGGUUUCUUCCAUUUUCUCCCAUUAAAGGGUUUUUCCUUAUCCGAAUCGAGGGUCUAAGGUUAGUGGAGGUUGUGUUGCUGCACAGAUUGUAAACCCCCCCCCCCCCCCCCCAUGAGGUAAACUUGUGAUUGAUGAUAUGGGGUUUUAUGAAUAAAAUUGACUCGCCAACUCGGAUAUAUCAGAGCUUUCAGAAUAAUCACAGUUUCCUAGUUGCAGUUAUGACUUGAAUAUUGACCUGGACCCUUUUUACAAAUGAGAAACUCUUUCUUACAUUAUCUCCUCCUAUAUGACAUGACUGUGGCAUUAAAAACCUUACCAAAAAAAAGUUAUUUCUGACUUUCUACGGAUUCCCCAAAGUUUGGAAAAGUAAAAAAGUCAACUUGUCUACACGACUUAAAUUACUUGUAAGAUUUGUUUUAACCUUUAUGUCGUCCUCCCGGGUCAAAUUGACCCGUCUGUUUUGACUGUUCCUUCUUUCCUUCUUUCCUUCCUUCCUUCCUUCCGUCUGUCCUUCCUCACUCCCUCCUUCUCUCCUUCCUCUCCCUUUCCUCCUUUCCUUCCUCCAUCCCCCUUUCUUCCUUCCUUCUGUCCUUCCUUCCUCCCUCCUUCUGUCCUUCCCUCCUUCUCUUUCUUUCCUCUGUCCUUUCUUCCUUUCCUUCCUUCUUUCCUUUCCUCCCUUCCUUCUUUCCUCCCUCCCUCCUUCCCUUCCUUCCUUCUUCCUCCCUUCCUUCCUUGACUCGAGGACAACAGGAGGGUUAAGUAAUCUUAACUCUUUGGUCUUUGAGGGCUUUUUACUUUAGUGGGCUGUAGAGGUGCAGGUAGGAUGAUUGUUAUAAACAAACAUAGGCAGAGCUAGGCUAGCUACUUCCUUCUGCUUCUGGUCUUUUUGCUAAGCUAACCAUCCUCUUCUUAUUUAAUUCAAAUAAGCAUAUUUCCAAAAAAAAUGUCAUUUUUCUUUUAAAACUGGUUUUGAAUGUUUAUGUCAAACAAUAUUUCUUAAAAGUGUGAUAUUGACCACAUAAUAUAAUAUAAGCAGCAACCUGCGAAGUAUUAUAACCUGAUAUUGGUGAGAAGAAGAAAACAAAUCUCAUUUCAUUUUAAAUAUUUGGUUUGGGUAAAAAUCGCUGAGUGGUUGAAAUUAGGAAUAGUAUGGAUAUUUUUAAGCUCUUUUUUUAAUAUGUCUGAGUUAGCUCAAAAUUUUAAAAGUGAGGCUUGUUGGAAACUUUAUGCCCACCUUCUGUUUCAGCAGAAGCAAACAGAAAAGAGAAACAGAUCAACAUAUUUCUGCACUUUUUUUUUUAACAGUCGCGUUAAAGUGACCCGUAGUUGUUAUCUGCACGUAUUCAGAGAGAGACCAAUUGUUUCAGACUUCACAUAUAUCUACAUUUAAUCACAGACUCACAUUCACUCACCGUCCUGCUGCAUCAAUGUAGAGGUCUCAGUUUGUGCCAAAUGUGUAACAGAUUACUUGAAAUUAAAGUUUCAUCUGAAUAGAAAUCAUACCAUGCAAUGGUCGUUACUUAUGCAAAGACAUGAUGAUGAUGAGAUUCCUCAGCUCCUCUGAAUUGAACAAUGUAUUUAUUUUCAUAUAGUGUUGUAUGUUUUAUUGUUUACAGAAAAUAAAGAUUAUAGUUCCUGUUGCACAGUGA